GGAGACAUGGGGGGCAAGUCGGCUUUCAAGACCGCUUACUUCGAGAAGCUCAAGACCAACCUUGAUGAGUUCAAGACGGUCUUCAUUGUCGGUAUCGACAAUGUGAGCUCUCAGCAGAUGCACGAGAUUCGUCUGAGUCUCCGUGGUGAGGGCGUUGUCCUGAUGGGUAAGAACACCAUGGUUCGCCGUGCCAUCAAGGGCUUCGUUGCCGAGAACCCGGAGUACGAGCGUUUGCUUCCCUUCGUUAAGGGCAACGUUGGUUUCAUCUUCACCAACGGUGACCUCAAGGAGACCCGUGCCAAGAUCCUCGCAAACCGUGUCGCUGCCCCAGCCCGUGCUGGUGCUGUUGCUCCUGGCGAUGUCUGGAUUCCUGCCGGUAACACUGGUAUGGAACCGGGUAAGACCUCUUUCUUCCAGGCUCUCGGUGUCCCCACCAAGAUUGCUCGUGGUACCAUUGAAAUUACCACGGACCUCAAGCUCGUUGAGGCUGGCACCAAGGUCGGACCCUCUGAGGCUUCGCUCCUUAACUUGCUGAACAUUUCGCCCUUCACCUACGGUAUGACCGUCGCUCAGGUGUACGACAACGGCCAAACCUUCAGCUCGGAGAUCCUCGACAUUGAGGAGGACCAGCUCCUCAAGGCUCUGUCUGGGGCCAUCCAGCGCAUUGCUACCGUCUCUUUGGCCACCAACUACCCCACCCUUCCCUCGGUCAUGCACUCUCUCGUCAACGGCUACAAGAAGGUUCUCUCUGUUGCCGUCGAGACCGAGUACAGCUGGCCCGAGAUUGAUGAGCUUAAGGACCGCAUUGCCAACCCUGAAGCUUACGCCUCUGCCGCUCCCGCUGCCGCCGCUCCCUCUGGCGGUGACGCCCCCGCCGAGAAGAAGGAGGAGGAGGAAGAGGAGGAGUCUGACGCUGACAUGGGCUUCGGUCUCUUCGACUAAGCGCAUCGCUCGUCUGAUUCACGGAAUACGAUUGCCAUGUAUUAGAUUUUUCUUAUGACCUGUUAAUGGUUGGAAAUGGAAAAGUUCAUGGAUACAAUCCUUUUUGGAUAUUCAUCUAGAUAUGGACGUAGACAUGCGUUCCAUUUCUCUGAUGAAAUUGGUGAGUCUUUCCCUCUUUUUCCACAUCGUCGAAAGUCUACCUACAAGUUCCACAUGCAUUGGUGAAUGAUGAGACAUUUUUUAACUCG